GGGAGGGAGGGAGGGAUAUGGGUACCAGAGAAAUUAAGUCACCGGAAGUCCUACCGGCGGAGACUCCUCCUGCUGCUGCUGCAAAGAGGAAUUCAGAAGAUCCAUAUGAUCGGAGAAAGAAGCUUGGAAUUUACUUCCUUGAGUCUGAUAAUGCUCGGCGGACUCCUUUAGGUGGUGGUUAUACCGCCGCUGGAACUACACCCGUUAACAUCCACGGCAAGCCUAUUCCUGAUCUUUCCAAGACAGGCGGCUGGAUUGCCGCCUUUUUCAUUUUCGGAAAUGAAAUGGCAGAGAGAAUGGCAUAUUUUGGGCUGUCAGUGAAUAUGGUGGCAUUUAUGUUCUACGUUAUGCACCGACCUUUCUCAAGCUCGGCAAAUGCAGUUAACAAUUUCUUGGGAAUAUCACAAGCCUCCUCUGUUCUUGGUGGCUUCUUAGCCGAUGCAUAUCUCGGUCGAUACUGGACUAUCGCAAUUUUCACCACUAUCUAUCUAGCAGGAUUGACAGGAAUAACCUUAUGUGCCACAAUGAGCAUUUUUGUGCCAAACCAAGAUCAGUGCGAUCAGAUCGCCCUUCUUCUGGGAAAUUGCGAGCCUGCAAAUUCAUGGCAGAUGCUUUACCUCAACACGGUUCUUUACAUAACCGGAUUUGGAGCUGCAGGUAUAAGGCCCUGUGUUUCAUCUUUCGGGGCCGAUCAAUUUGAUGAAAGAAGUAGAGGUUACAAGUCUCACCUGGACAGGUUUUUCAACUUCUUCUAUCUUUCCGUCACCGUUGGGGCAAUCAUUGCCUUCACGGCCGUAGUCUACAUUCAGAUGACGCAUGGCUGGGGAUCAGCAUUUGGUUCAUUGGCCAUAGCCAUGGGGAUGUCAAACAUGGUCUUCUUCCUAGGUACUCCCUUGUAUAGGCACAGGUUGCCCGGAGGCAGCCCUCUGACUCGCGUUGCGCAAGUCCUUGUUGCUGCAUUUCGCAAGAGAAAAGCUUCCUACGAUAGCAGCGUGUUUGUGGGCCUGUAUGAGGUUCCAGGCAAAAGAUCUGCCAUUAAAGGCAGCGGCAAGAUAGCUCACACCGACGAUUUCAGAUGUUUGGACAAGGCAGCCCUGCAACUGAAGGAAGAUGGAGCUGAUCCGAGCCCAUGGAGGCUCUGUACUGUGACACAAGUGGAAGAAGUGAAGAUUCUUUUGAGACUCGUUCCAAUUCCAGCUUGCACUAUAAUACUCAGUCUAUUCUUAACAGAGUUCUUGACUCUAUCAGUACAACAGGCAUAUACAUUGAAUACCCACAUUGGUCAUCUCAAACUCCCUGUAACAUGUAUGCCUGUCUUUCCUGGCCUCAGCAUAUUUCUUCUACUCUCUCUCUAUUACACAGUAUUUGUCCCGCUCUCCCGGCGCAUCACGGGUCAUCCUCAUGGAGCCUCUCAACUUCAGAGGGUCGGCAUUGGGUUGGCAGUUUCAAUCCUAUCUGUGGCAUGGGCUGGGAUUUUUGAAAGGUACAGAAGAAAUUAUGCAAUAGAACACGAGUAUGCGGCCAGUUUUCUGACAGCCAUGCCGAACCUAAGUGCAUAUUGGCUGUUAAUCCAAUACUGCCUAAUUGGGAUCGCCGAAGUGUUUUGUAUCGUGGGAUUACUAGAAUUCCUGUAUGAGGAGGCGCCUGACGCCAUGAGAAGCAUAGGUUCGGCUUACGCAGCCGUAGCUGGCGGUUUAGGUUGCUUUGCAGCCACUAUAUUGAACAACAUUAUCAAAUCUGUGACGGGUGGCAAUGAGGAUAGGCGACCAUCGUGGCUGUCCCAGAAUAUUAAUACUGGAAGGUUUGAUUACUUCUACUGGUUUCUUACGGUUUUAGGUGUAGUCAAUUUCUGCGCUUUUCUGUACGCGGCGCAUAGAUAUCAGUACAGAGUAAAGCAGGAAAUUGAAAUGGGGGGCACAAGUAAAAAUGAGACUGUAAUCAGUAAAUAGCUUAUGAGGAAGCAUGCAUUAGAUGGAGUAGGACAAGAUCCUGCCUUCCCCCUAUGAAAGCUAGCACUUCUGUGAAACAUGAACAUUAUUAUUGGUUUUUGUUUUUGGAAUCAAUGAUUCAUCUUUCUCAAUUGAAUGUGGCAAACAUCAGCAGUGAUUUUGUUUUGUUUUUGCAAUAGGUUAAUUAAACAUGAACAAUAAUGCAGUGAUGCACAUGUUUGGGGAUUAUAAUUUUUAAUUA